AUGUUGGAUGGGCUACUCAAGAGCGCUAAAGAUAACACUGAGGCCUCAUACGCUCGAAUCGUCAACCAGGAAUUGUUCCUCACAUUUGCAGCCGCAGGUCUGUUCUCCGUGGUUGUAUGUCAGCUUAUCCUCUCUGCUCUCGGACAUCCAGAGUAUCUUGAGCCGCUCAGGGAGGAGAUUGGAAAUGCAGUUCGCGAAUGCGGAGGUUGGAACAAAGACGCUUGUUCGAGAAUGCCGAAAUUAGACAGUUUCUUGCGAGAGACUUUGAGGUUGAGUCCUCCUACAGCGCUUACGCUACAACGAAAGGUUGAUGUGGACAUUCCCCUGUCCAAUGGCGAAGUGAUCAAAGCUGGUACGCUUAUCGGGUUUCCCACUCUGGCUAUCCAACGAGAUGAAGAGUACUACGAACGCCCACUGGAAUUUGAUGGAUACCGUUUCUACGAUGCCGACACAAACACUGCGAAGGUCAAAUCGGUCACACAAAGCCGCACUUAUCUACCAUUUGGCUACGGCACUCAAACGUGCCCCGGAAGGUUUUUGGCAACCGAAACAUCGAAGAUAGUCUUUGCAAAGUUCUUAGUUGACUACGAGAUGCGCUUUACACCUAAGCGCAUCGGAAAGCCUGUAGACUGGCCGAUUGGAGGGCAGAUUAUGCCUAGCAUCGACGCAUAUGUGUCAUUUAGGUUGCGAAAACGGUAA